AUGGGGGCAAAGCGCGCGCUCGCCCCGCCGUCGCCGUCGCCUUCCAACGCAUCAAACGCAUCGCACGGCGGAACCCCCUCCAAGAAGCAGAAGCGCGAGGACCGCACCCGCGACCAUGCGACACCAACCCCCACGCCCGCCGCCCUCGCCGCCGCCACCCAGAACUUCGGCUUCGACGACCGCACCCAGAAGCUGUACGCCGUCGAGUUCCUCAAGUCCAAGGCCACGCCCAAGUCGCUGCAGGAGAUCCUCGACCAUCUGACCCUGCAGCAUCGGUCCGAGGGCGACCACAAGGACUUUGCCAAGGGCUUGAGGGAGCACGGCCAGGUCACCUUCCUGCCCGACCCCCCCGCCAAGGUCAAGGAUCUCAAGGACAAAGGCAUCCCGGCGUGGCGGACCGGCAGGUACGAGUUCAGGGCCAAGAUCCCCGGCGUCAAGAACAAGACGACGCUGCUGGACUUCCUGCAACGCAAGACGGACGCCAGUAAGCUGGAAGUCAAGGACCUGAAGGACGGCUGGCCGGACUGCGACAAGGCCAUCGACGAGUUGGAGAAGGCGCACAAGAUCCUCGUGGUGCGGACGCGGAAAGACGGCCGCGCGACGCACAUCUGGAUGGACCAGCCCAGUCUGUUCCACCCUGUCGACUCGGAGUUUAGGGCCAUGUGGAAGAAGGUAAAGCUGCCAGACGUGGACGACAUGGUCAGGCGGCUUACCGCCAUCGGCCAGAAGCCCGCCAGCGACGACCCCAAGCUGAACAAGGUCACGACGGAGAAGAAGCAGAAGAGAAGGGUCAACCGCACGAGCAAGAAGCAGACCAACGAGCAUAUGAAGCAUAUCCUCCAGGAUUACAGUCACAUGAUGCGGAAAUAG